AUGCCAGUCAUGACCUCUCCUGUUGCUUUUGAGGAGCCCGAAAAUGAGCAUCUCUUCUUGAUGACUGGUGAUUGCGCUGGUGACAAGGAGCAUGCGCAAGCUGUGGUGGAGCAUACUCGCCGCUGCUCUGUGUCGCAAUCACGUCUGCCGCUCGUGAUCGACGACUACGCGACCAGACCCUGUGACCCAGAAUGCACGGAUGGAAACGACACGGCACGUUCAGCAAAGCUACUUUUGGUCCAGCCUGGAUCUCCGGCCUCGCUGCCAGCCACGGCCCAAACGACGGCCCGCCAUCGCAGGCACAUCCGUACCGACAGCGACGACGACGCAGACGAUGCUGAAGCAGCUAGUGUUUGUGUGCAAUGUCGCAGCAGUGGGUGUGAAAGGGCGCCUUUGCUGCUCUGCCCAGGCUGCACUAAGGGGCUUGAGCAGCGCCAAGAAGCCAAAGUCGACGACGGGCUCGCAGGGGGCUCAGCAAGCGGGGAGGAGGCGGCGGAGGCGGAGACGGCGUGCGGAGCGAAAUCGACCGAGGCUAACACCGGGGCGGCGGGGGCUCAGCUUGUGGCUGCUCUCAAGGCUGCGACGAGCACUGCCUCGCUUCUUGGGCGUGCAGCUCGAGGUGCAGCUAAAGUAGCAUCAGCCACCAAGUCGACGACGAGCAUGAGCCGGACCUUGACCUCAAAGUCGCCAUCGCCAACGACAUCAACUUCAUAUUGGGCUCAACUUGACGACCAACUGGCUCAAGAGCAGCAUUGCUCACAGCACAGUAGGCCAUCGAUUUCCUCUUUCACUCCCUCUAGCCUGUCGAUAUCUACCUCGCUCCCCAAACCCUCCUCGUCGUCGACCGACAGCGACGUCUUUGACAGCGGCGGCGGCGGUGAUUGGUCUAUCCUUUCAUCACCGCUCAAUCUUGGCAGUCCAGUCCACUCAUCGUCACCAGCUUCACAGUACGAGGAGCAACAGACCUUUUGUCCGGCGAAAGUCUCGACCAGCGAGCGACAAGUCCGACCGAGGAGAAGGGCAAGCAACUCAUCCACAUUCACAGAGAGCAUCCGAGAGACUCUAUCCCGAUCCUACUCGACCCCUACCAAGAGGAUUCGCACCCUCUCACCUCUUGGUGGCCUCUCCCGUAGUUCGACUUUCCUCUCCCUUAGCUCGUUGCCAUCGUCGCCAACCGCGAGCAGGCCAUCUACUGCCGCGCCCACUGCUCUCCACGCCAAGCUCUUCUUCUCUAGAAAGCGCAAGGCGGAUGCGUCUGUGACAGCAAGCGACAGCGUCGACGACCGCCCAUCCACAUUGAGCGCUUCACCGUCAAUGUCGGCCUCAGUCACCUCGUCCCUCCCAAAUUACGACUCUCCACAAGCAGGUCCAUCAAAGGCACGCUCCCUUCGCGAUGCUCGUCCCAGCAGCAGGUCAGGGUCGGCAGCCACCCUUGGAGGGGCUCCUUCAGCGGGGUUGGCAGCCUCAUUGCGCGCCUCCAUUGCCCCACUGGCCGGAGUAGGCCUCCCUUCUGCGGCUACGCACGACGAUGCCGCUCUCGGGAGGGAGUCUUCACCUCGAGGGCUGCGUCCUGUGCAAGCUCCGCCUUCUUCAAUUCUGUUAAAUUCGAGGAGAACUUCGGCAGUGUCUCUUGGCGAAAAUGAAUCGACGAACAAACCAGCAGUCCCUGGCAUAGCAUCAUCAGCAGCAUCUUUUACGAGCGUAGCAACCCAGGCGCCCGCACCAGUCGUCACACAUAUCCCCGCCGUACCCUCAGAGAAGGAGCUUCAGAGGCAAAAGGAGCGCAAAGAGAGGGAGCGAGCAAGGGAGAGGGAAGAAAAGGAUCGCAGAGAGCGAGAGUCAAGAGAAGCAGAGCUGGCUCAUCAGCUGCAAGACAAGGAGGGAAAGCUGUGGGGGAUUCCAAAGAAGGCCUUCUAUCUCGGCCUCGGCUCCGUUCCUGGUUCACUCAACUUCAAUGCACAAAUGGCCAUGAUGGCAGGGUGGGGCAGUGGCAGCGGAGGCCCGAGCGACUUUCUCAAUGCUCCGCAGCGUCGGCCAUCAAUGCGCAACUCCAAGAAGCGACGCAAGAGUUCUGAAUCUAACGUCCAGGCACGGACGCAGAGUCCGGAGCAAAAGAAGCAUGGAGAGCACAAUCGUAGCGAGACUGUGGAGGAAGAGGAGGAGAAGCUCGAUGCAGAGGAACUCGCUGCCCUGAAUGCCAUCAUCAAUACGCGAAGGAGUAUGGCUGCAGCUCAAGCACUGGCUAGUGGCCAAGUCAAGUUGCCUGCGCCCAAGAGGCGAGCACGGCCGCCUCUCGAAGGCAGACAUAGCAGCAGGAAUAGCACAACCAAGAGCCCAGAAGACACUCCACCUAAUGCGGAUGGCGAUCCUGCAGGCGCGCCUUCUCUCGUCAGCAAAGACUCAUCUACAAGUGUCCAGCAAAGCGAAGGCAGCGGAGUGGCCGAGAGCUCUCGUGUCGGCGGCGAAGGCUCCGAUGGCGGGCCCAAGAUUCGCUUCGCUCCCCUGCCAAAGCCCAGCCCCGUCGACGAGGAUCCCUUUGAGGCCACAAUGCGCGGCGAGGCGCUUUCAGACCAAGACGAUGAUGCCACCCUCCAUCGACGAGGCUCUGGAUCCGACUUCUUUGGCAAGCGCAAAUCGCGAGAGAGUCUGGACAGCGAAAGCAUGGCACUUGACAGUGACGAUGGCGGCGGCAUGCAAGAGUAUUCGGACGAGGAAGAUGAGGACAUGAACGAUGAGGAUAUGGAGAGGUGGAGAAGUCGGAUGCGCCAGGCGAAGGGCAAGUGGUACCUCAUGGGUCUGCCCUCUGAGGCAUUCAAGUCUUCCGAAUACUAUCGCACAUGGAAGCGGUGGAGUCAGGAGGCUAUGAUGGGUGGCAAUGUCAAGCCUACGGUCACCUCACCAGCCAGCGACGAUGGACACAGUACAAGGCGACCCUCGCUCAGCAAGAGGCUAAGUGCCGAGGCUCCCUCAAGCCUAGCCAGUAGCUUAGAGUCCGAGCCACCGUCCGGCUCCCUUUCACAGCUGGUCGCAUCUGAGCUCAGCGCGGAGCCACAGAGUCGUGGUCGGAGGCGCGGGAGGAGCCGCAAGAAUAGUCGCGCCGGCAGACCUGCGAGUGCCCGGUCGGCAUCGCUGUCCGGUGACGAGGAGGAGCGCAGCCGUCGUCGUCAGCUCAUCAUGUCCGUGCGACCAGGAGGAACUGGCAUGGUCACACUGCCCGAUGGCACAAGGGUCAAGGCUCGCAGAGUUGGCGACGACGAUGCCGAUGCCGAGGACGGGCCGUGGGAGGAUUGGGGCUUUGCUGGCCUGGUCGCCCGAGGUCAAAAGGAUGCGGCGGUAAAUGAAGACGGUGCGGAAGAUGGAGAAGAGGGGCAGGGAGAUGGUGAUGUUUCUCCGAAGAGCACGGGCAAAGCGGACGAUACGGAUCGCGUUGCAGAGCCAGCGUCUAUUUCAGCACAGGCCGACGAGCAGAAGGAAGCUACGCCAUCGGGCACCGGCUCUGGCUUCUCGACGAGUCGAGCAGAGGAAGUACGACGUCGUCACGAGGCUGAGGUAGCUGCUCUUGGCGCCGAAGUCCUCGCGGCUCACCGUCGUAAGCUCACGGCUGCCAAUGCGCCCUCCCCGACAUCGUCGACGACGACGCCGAUCACGGCCAUCGCUGCAGCCAACGCUACCGCCGAUGCCUCUGAUCUUCCUACGACGCCAGCAGGAGAUGGCCUGGGUCGCAUUGGUUCGCGCACCGAGAGUCAACAUUCGACCGGCUCGCCAAUCGGUAGACAGCAGCGUUCAUCAUCGCAGACAAGGUCGAUCCAGUCCAAUUUUGCCCAACGCAGCCAGACGUCGCUGCACCUGCGCUCGUCAUUCGACUUGCGCCACGGCGACCACCAUCUUCUCUACUCGCCUGACACUUCGCUGCCCCGCAAGCCAGACGCAAAGGGUUACGCCGUCGUUCCUCUGCCUAGCGAGCUCGGCGUCCGUCCCUCUCGACCUCGUGAAGGAAGGGUCUGGGAGGACGAUGACGAUGAUGAUACUCCACCUUCCGAUCACGCUGUAGAUUUCAGCAGCGAGGACGACAACGAUGCGAGGGAGACGUCUUCCUCUAGAAGGCAGAAGGCCGCCGGCGCACUCGAAGACGAAGAAGAGGAGGACGACGAGCUCGACGCGGCCGAGAUGGCCGAGGAGGAGCGUCGUCACGCCGUUCAUUCGAAGCGUGCAACGACGAGCGCUGCUGGUCUCGAGAGGAUGCACGUCCGUACACGCAGCGCGAGCGUAGCGCCUGCUGAUCGACGAGCGAGGGCGGCCACUCUUCGCCGCCAUCAGACAUCGCUGCAGGACGCAAAUGCAGGCUCUGAGACGGCGAGCAAGAUGACUUCAUCCCUCACUCUCUCAUCGUCAAUCGAUGAGCCCGUUGAAGCCAUGCUGACGUGCGACAGUCCAACGAGCGAUUCUCCUACUCGUCGCAGAGGUGCUUCAGUCUCCGAGCUGGAGGGCGACCUCAGCAAGCUCGUCCUCGACGGCUGUUCAACAGAGAGAAAGAGCAAGGCGAUCGGCAAAGCGGCCUCAUCGCCCUCUAGCAAGGAGACGAGGCAAGGGGUGCUUCGUCAAGCCAAGUCGUCUCCCACCAUCCCCCGCCAGCGCAAAGGCGGUCCACAUCGUCAUCGCAGCAACCGUGGUCCCCUUUCCGGCCCACAACAUCUCGUUGAUGAUGACGACCUUGACCUUUGGCCCUCGUCCGUAACUGCGGUGCUCGGCGUCGGGCCCAGCAAGCGGCCAUCUGCGUCCGUACUGUCUGCUCAAGCUUCGAAAGCGAGGGCUUUACGAGAACAGAGGGAGAAGGAGCUCCGCCAAGCAGAAGCUGCCCGGUUGAAGAAGCAGGAAAAGGACGACGAUGCUCUCGAUUAUGGUUGGCCGCCGACGUUGAAGGGGUCGCUGUAUGAUCGAUGA